AAAGUUGGCAGUACUGGCGUCUCUCGAGUUCACACCGCACAAAUAUUUGGAUUCGUGGGUGGUUAAGGUUAUGUUAUAACGUAAAAUGCGUCCCCGAGUCUCAAGCCGAUCUGAGUAGAGACGGUGCUCAAAUCCACAAUGGAAUGAGACAUUGGUUCUGAGAAUGGCAGCCUUAAUGAAGAAACGAGUGCUAGCUGAAUUUAAUCAGAGCCAGGCGAUUGUUAAUGAGCCGCCAACCAAACGGUUGAAGACCCUGCGGCUGUUAUCGACGUCUGGCUCGAAGAACGGUACCGACAGCAGCUCGGCGUUAGCUUACAUCGAGUGCCUGGAGAAAUGCAAGAGCGGAAACGACGCGCUGCAGCUGCUCGUCCGCAUCUCGGACGCGAUAGCGUACAUAGCGCCGGAGGACGUUCCCGUCGCCGUGAAGAAGCUGGCGGAGAGAUUCGCCGUCGAGCGGGAGGUCGCGGUGAGGGCCAAAAUCUUCUGGGUGUUCGCCGAAUUGGGUGAGGUGACGCCCGACACGUUGGAGAAGGCGAAGAUUGUCAACGAGACGGCCGAGCUCCUGAGAAACGAGAAGUCACACCGAGUCAAAAGCCAGGGAUUGGCCACGCUGUUAAAGCUGGGAGAUUACCAAAGGGCACUGGUGUUGAAGAUCGCGCAGGAACAUCUGCCUGACACCUGGCAUGGUGUUCAAACACGGUGUCUCUCUAUUAUCGGACGUUAUCUUACGGCAAACGCUGCCGACGAUACGUUAACAUUAAUCAGCAAUUAUGCCUGCUCUCAAGAUCCACGGGUUCGCGCCCAAGCCUUCGAGACUAUGGCAGAGUUGCAUUCUCACAGAGGUUGCAGGCUGCCCGCGAGUUUCUUCAAGGAAGCCUGCGCAGCUCUCCGCGACGAUUACGAGAUCGUGCGCCGAGCCGUUCUGAAACUCAUUUGGCUUUUGGGCAGGGAAUAUCCAGAGAAUAUUGUUGUUGGAUCUGACGGAGAAGAUGUGCGUAUGGUGGACUGUGCCUUUUCGCAAAUUUGCAGUCUUAUGGGCGAUUUGUCACCUCGCGUGAGAGCCUCGGCGAUGUCCCUUUUGGGAACGAUGAAAAAUGUUUCGCGUCGUCAUAUAGAACAAUCGUUGGAUAAGAAGCAAAAAAUAGUUGAAGCGGACAGACCCGAAGUUGAGGAGAAAAGUGGAUCGUGUGGAGCAUUUAUUCAUGGUUUAGAGGACGAAUUUUUAGAAGUGAGAACAGCGGCGGUUGAAGCACUCUGCAUGCUUUCGUUAGAGCAACCGAGUAUAGCCAGAGUUUCGUUGGACUUCAUGGUGGAUAUGUUCAAUGAUGAAAUUCAGGAUGUCAGAUUAAGAGCCAUCGAGUCUUUAAAGAAAAUGUCAUCGAGCGUGACCCUUCGGGAGGACCAGUUAGAGACGAUUUUAGGCGCGUUGGAAGAUUUCUCGGGAGAGGUGCGAGAAGGCUUGCACGCUAUGCUAGCCUCUAGUCAUCUCGCCACUACAAAUUGUCUCUACAUGUGCGUUAAUCGUUUGCUAGACAACUUAAGUCGAUAUCCUCAGGACAGGGAGAGUAUCAGAAGUUGUUUAGCGGCACUGGGCGCGUCGCAUCCGUACCUAACGUUGCCUCUGGUACCGCAGCUUCUCGGCCGACAUCCUUUCUUCGACACACCCGAGCCAGACGUGGAUGAACCAUCCUAUGCAAGCGUGCUCGUUUUGAUCUUCAACGCCGCGUUACACUGUCCGAGCAUGCACGCCCUGUUUACGGAGCAUGCGUCCAAGCAUUACCACUAUUUGCGCGACACUAUGCCGUAUCUGGUACCGCGAUUGCGGCCAGCGCUUACAAGCGGCUCAGGAAUCAAAAUGGAAGAUAUGGAUAACGAGGAGAACAGGGAUCAACGUGGCCGCGAGUUCCUGGAGAAGAUGGCGGCCGGAAUCGAGAUUGCUAGGCCAGGGGGGAGGGUUCAUACGCAGCUCUUGGAGACCGCAGCCGUUGAUCUUGAUUGCUUGGCGGAGAUGGAUCAUCAUAUGGAAGGUGCAGCGCGUUUCGCCGCCUUGUACAUCCGCUGUCUGCUGCUGUUGAAAUCCGUUCUCAAAGAAUGCUCCGUGUCCUCGACGACGUCUAUCUCGGCGAACCCAGUGCCGAAUACCAAUAACAAUAUUUUCGUUCUUCUUCAGCACACGCAAAAAUUACAACGCUUAUUUAGCGGAUUAGGCGAGAACGAAAUGAUAUUGGCUAAUGAUAUGUGGUUGAAGGCGCUGGCUAUAGAAUUAGUUCGGGUUACCAAGAGUGCGACCGGCAGCGCGUUACCACUGGCUCGGUAUUUUCUGUCGGAAGCCGACGCCUUGCCGCAAGAUACGUCGAGGCUACCGCCGUUCUCCAGGGCUCUGGUUCUACAAAUACCCACUUUGGCGGACGUGAAGCCGGGCUCCCUGACGCGGCUGUUGCUGCCGUUGCUUUUGACGCCGGUAGCACAGGGGGAUGAACGAUUGCCGAGGCCGUCGGCGACGGCGCGCUUCUGCCGCGCGCACAUCGAGGAACCGAGAGGCGAUGCCGAUGCCGCGCUAAAGUUCACGGGUGGCCUUUUGCUCGGCAUCCCUCUGAACGCCAAGAUAUUGAAUCUACGCGAUCCCUCGACUCUGCGAAUAAAGCUGAGGCAUCCGGAUCAACAAGUGCAAUUACUGUUACCGCGGCAGUCGGAUCUGCGUAUGCAGCGGUCCGAUCAGAAAGAUUACAGAUUGAGAACGACAGUCCUUCUGUCGCAUCAAGUGUGGAUGGAACCUUGCAACGUAGAGAUCUCCCUGGCACUGCUAUUGCCCUCGUCCUCGAUCUGCACGCAUCCACCUUUAGAAGAUCCAUGCGUGAUUGAUUUGUGCAAACCUACCAAAGUGUCGAUCGCACCGAAAGCCAUCAAAAGAGGCAUAUGAUUACAUUGUGUAACGAUCAUUUGAUACGUUUGUGUUUCAACAUUUAUAAUUGGAUGUAUCUUUACAAAGCAAGUAUUAAUACUUCACGCAGAGAACUAGUUUGUUAAUAAAAAAAUCUAUACUAAUUUAAAC